UUCUAGUACUACAUGAAUCAUCAGGGCGUUUGUUGUCAAAAAUUUUCUGGUAUUUUUUCUUGUGAUUUUCCUGCGCUUUUUCAGACAAAAAUUUGACCAUGUCGGGCAGUGUCCAGUUCUCAGAAUGUCCCCCAAGUCUCAAGUCGAUUGCCCAUUACCUCAAAACCGCCUCAGAACAUGAUUCCCGUGAUAUUAUUGUGGCUUACUGGUCAAGGCUCUAUGCUCUGCAGCUGGGUCUCAAACUUUCCUCCCAGAAGCCCGAAGAGACCAAAUUGUUCCUGGAACUGAUGGAUUGGUUGGAAAAAACGAAGAAGGAAAACAGUGGAAAUGAAUCGAUAACUAAUGAAGUUGCUGGUCAAGCUUACCUCGAGAAUUAUGCCCUCAAACUCUUUCUGUAUGCAGACAAACAGGACAGGGAAGGAAAUUUUGGAAAGAAUGUUGUGAAGGCUUUCUAUACGGCCGGAAUGAUUUACGAUGUCUUGUUGACCUUUGGGGAACUCACGGAUGAGGUGCAGCAGAACAGGAAGUAUGCCAAAUGGAAGGCAGCUUAUAUACACAAUUGCCUGAAAAAUGGUGAAACUCCAAUUCCUGGUCCUAUGGCCACUGGGGAGGAGAAUGAGGAGGAGGAAGGAACAGAAGAUGCAUCAAAUGAUGCCUCUCAGGGGCCCCAGUCACCAACUAUGGGCUUCGUACAGCCACCAUCAGUGCCCAUAAAUCCAGAUACGGGUGCCAUUGAUAUUACAUCUCCAGAACAGCUUCCGGAUCCACCAAAGGAGCCAGAAAAGCCCCCAGGCGGCUUCCAGGCUUACAUUCCAACCGGUUCGGAGGAAAGUGAACUGUACCAACCGCCCCAGGGUGAUGUCACUCUAACACCCGAUCAGAUCACCAAAGCCCAGAAAUACUGCAAAUGGGCUGGAAGUGCCCUGAACUAUGAUGAUAUCUCAACAGCCAUUGACAACCUCCAGAAAGCCCUCAGGCUUCUCAAAACCGGCCAGGAUGCGUAAAUUUUAAGCCUUUCAAAUUGUCUACUAAAUGUUUACUCCCAGAAUUACUACAGUAAUUUUACAGAAAAGAAUUUAAGCAGUCAUUGAGAUGUUCAGGAGAAAUCCCAAAUUCACGAAAAUUAUCUCAAAACCGCAGCACGCUCUGUAAACAAUUAAUUUUUGCAAAUUAUUGUGACAAUUGAGAGAGUUUUGCUGAAAGUUUUAAGGCAAUAGCUCUGCAAAAAAUGUAUAUUUUCAUAAUAAAAUAAUUGUUUUCGCAAAAUAAAAAAACAAA